AUGAGCAGCCCACAGAAAGUCAUUGUUGUCGGCGCUGGGCCCGUCGGCUCGCUGGCUGCAUUGUAUGCCGCCCAGAGAGGCCAUCAAGUUGAGGUAUACGACCUCCGAGCUGACUUGCGAGACCCCACAACCACGCCACUCAACUUUACAAAGUCCAUCAACCUGGCAUUGGCCGAGAGAGGCAUGAACGCCCUCCGGCAAGUGAAGCCAGGUCUCCUAGAGGAGAUUCUUGAGGCUACUGUUCCGCUGAAGGGCCGCAUGAUCCACGGCCGGGGUCCGAGAGGAGAGUUGUACGAACACUCACAAGACUAUGACGCCCAUGGCAGGACAAACUACGCCAUCGACCGUGCUGGCCUCAACAAGCAAAUCCUCAACAUCCUGGAGGGCAUGCCCAACGUGAGGCUGCUCUUCAACCAUAAACUGACCGGUGCCGACUUUCGGUCUCAUAAGGCAUGGUUUGAGGUGCAAGGCACCGGGCAGUCCACGGGACGCGCGCGGGAAGUCGAAGUUGAUUUCGACUUUAUGAUCGGCGCCGACGGGGCUCAUUCCGCCGUCAGGUACCAUCUGAUGAAGUAUGUCCGGAUGAACUACCGCCAGGACUACAUCGAUACACUGUGGUGCGAGUUCCACCUGAAGCCUCGCGAGGGGGCCACCAAGGACGAUCCGGCCUCCAAGUUCCGCAUCUCGCCGAACCACCUGCAUAUCUGGCCCGGCAAGGACUUUAUGUUUAUCGCCAUUCCAAGUGACGAUGGCUCUUUUACGUGCACAUUGUUCAUGCCGAGUGCAGAGUUCGCCACCCUCGAGGCCAACCCCGCCGGUGUCCCCAGCUUCUUCGACCGGCACUUCCCGGGCGUCACGGAGAUCAUCCCCCCCAACGAGCUGAUCAAGUCCUUCAACACCAACCCGCACCUGCCCCUCAUCAGCAUCAAGUGCGAGCCCUACCACUACUCGUCGUCGGUCGUCAUCGUCGGCGACGCCGCACACGCCAUGGUGCCGUUCUACGGCCAGGGCAUGAACGCCGGCUUCGAGGACGUCCGCAUCCUCUUCUCCAUCCUCGACAAGCACUCCCUCAAGGAGUCCAACGCCCCCGACGACAGCAGCGAGGCCGACAAGGCGGUGUUCGCCGCCGACCAGCGGGCCCUCGCGCUGGCCGAGUACACGGCCCAGCGCGUGCCCGACGCGCACGCCAUCAACGAGCUGGCGCUGCAGAACUACGUCGAGAUGCGGUCCUCGGUCCUGUCGCCCACGUACAAGCUGCGCAAGUACCUCGAGGAGAUGCUGUCGGUGCACCUGCCGCAGCUGGGGUGGCAGACCAAGUACGCGCGGGUCUCGUUCGGCAACGAGCGCUACUCGGAGGUGGUCCGGAAGAGCGACGAGCAGGGCAGGAUCCUGGUGGGCGGGUUCAUCGGCGCGGUGGGCGUGCCGGUCGUGGCCGGGGCGGCGUACAUCUUGGCCAAGCACAGGCGAGCCGACCUGCCCACCGUCGCAGCCACACUCAAACAUCCGUCCUACCCGGACGCAACAUGGGCCCUCGAGCCCACCCGCAGCGGCCGCAUCCCCGUGGCCGAAGGCCGUGGCGGGCCCUUUAACCUGGCCUGGGAAGUCCACGGCGAAGGGCCGAUCAAGGUCAUCCUUAUCAUGGGCCUCGCCGCCUUCAAGACGGCGUGGCAGCGCCAGACGCUCUACUUCGGCCACGAGCGCGCGGGCGACUACUCGGUCCUGCUCAUCGACAACCGCGGCAUGGGCGACUCGGACGUGCCCCUCAUGCGCUACUCGACCUCGGACAUGGCCCGCGACGCCCUCGAGGUCGUCCGCCACGUCGGCUUCCUCGACAGCCCCGGCCGCCGGCUCCACGUCGUCGGCAUGUCCCUCGGCGGCAUGAUCGCGCAGGAGCUCGCCCUGCUGGCGCCGGACCGCCUCAGCAGCCUGAGCCUGUGCUGCACGGCCGCCGCCGUCGAGAACACGGGCACCUUUGCCGAGCACAUGGCCAACCGCGCCUCGCUGCUCAUCCCCAAGGGCCUCGAGAGGUCCGUCCGCGACGCGGCGCACCAGCUCUUCAGCCGCGACUGGCUGCGCCGCGCCGACGAGGCGCGCGUGCCGGCCGAGGGCACCCCGCGCGUGGCGCCGCCGCCCUCGGGCGCCGGGUGGCCCUACGGCGCCUUCGAGACCAACUACCAGCGCUUCGUGGCGCAGGAGAUGCACAAGCGGCUCGACGCGCGGCGCUUCACGACCAGGGGCUUCCUGCUGCAGCUCAUCGCGGCGGGCUGGCACCGCAAGACGCCCGCGCAGCUGGCCGCCAUGGCCGACGCCGUCGGGCGCGAGCGCAUCCUGGUCAUGCACGGCACCGAGGAUGGUAUGAUCUCGGUGCCGCACGGGCGCAAGCUCAUCCAGUACAUCGCGCCCGGGACCAGCUACAUCCUCGAGGGCGUGGGCCACGCGCCCGUCGUCGAGCGGUGCGAGUGGUUCAACGAGUGCCUGAGGGAGCGGUUCGAGGCGGGCGAGAAGCUGGACGGGCGGUUGUGA